UAUGGAAAUGCCGAACGUAAACGUUCCGAAAAAUCCUAUAAAUUGGAUCGAAAGUCAUCACGUGGCAUGGUCUAUGAGAAUGAAGAACUAAGAUUACGUACCAUCAAUAUUAAUGCUGAAGUUGAAAGAGGACAAUCGGAUAUCAAACGUUUACGCAAAGAAAAUGAUCACUUACGGCGAGAAAUCUGGUCGCUGCGUGAUGAAUAUGAUCGGCUUAACAAGAGGUUUAAGAGUAAAUUUAUUGAGGCAGAACAGGCGGCACGAUGCAGUCAGGGCGGCUGUUCGUGUCAGUGCAAUGAGGGCGGGUGUGAUUUGGCACACUCGAAAUGUAAUAGUGAGGAUUCCGAUUCCUGUGAUUCCUGCUGUUGCCAAGAAACCGAAGAGAUCGUCUGCAACGAUGAAUGUUGCAGUGAAAAGAAAAUUAUGGCAGCGAACGAUGCCGCCGAAGAUCCCUCACCUACGGAUAGUACAAAAUUAGCGGUUAUUGAUGGUAUGUCAUCCACACCGCCACCACCACAAUCUGCUAUGCCAAGCAUUCUAACGGGUAUCGAUCAUUUGUCCGUAGUAUCGGAAGAAACCCUUAGCAAUAGUGAUGUGGCAAAUGUCAAUCCAGGACAUUUGUUGGGCUAUACACCGAGUAUAAGUGGUUCUCAGACAACAUUGCCUAGUUUAGUGGGCCCACUUACACCGUUGACACCCAUUGAAUUGGUGGCCAAUGAGUUGAAUGAUAUACAGGCGAAGGUACCGCCACUGUCGUAUUUCGAAAAUGUUUUACAACAACAUAUGAAUACCAAUUUAACCAGCAGUUCGGGAACAUCUUCCUCAAAAAGUGGCAAAACUGUAAUACGCCACACCAAUGGCUGGGACUAUAACUUAGAAUCGCCAUUUUUACAAAAACAUUACCCCGCGAAUUCGGUAUCACCUCUGCUGCAAAAACGUUCAACGGCACAAACACUGACCACAUUUGUACCUACAACCACUGUAACACCACCACCUCCUCCCCCAUCAGUCCAGCCAUCAACUCUGACAACAGAAAAUGGGAAAUCGGUUAUAUCGACAACUAUCGUCAAUAGUUCCAGCGAGAUUCCAGUUAUCGAAACAGUUCCCAUAACCACAAUGUCAGUCAAUGGUCCAUGUGGCGGUGUUCAAACUGUGCCAACUGGCAACACCACAAAUUCAAGUGGCUGCCUGAAUAGCAACCAAAACAACAUAGCCGCCAGCAUCGAUGGCAGUGAGCAACCGGCAAAACAUUUCUUUGCACCCAUCAAACCUAAAUUAAAAUUGAACACCGCCUUGGCUAAUCAAAGGCGUCAGCCACCUCCACCACCACCGCCGGCUGUUGUAACGGCACCAAUACCACCCACAGUGCCAGUGCCCAGCAUGGCCCCGUUAAACAAAGCCCCCUCAUUUACAAAUGGUGUCAUGGGAUGCAGCAGCAGUACCAGCAUCACGACCAGCAGCAACAGUCAGCAACUGAAAUGUGAACCACCUGACAUUUACGUGACCAAUGGUCUGGCAACUCCCUACAAACAUCCACUGAAACCAAGUGUACAACCACCACCGGUACCGCAGCGUAUUACAUCUAUGGCCACAUCAGCACAAACUGAUUCAGCAAAUUUGGAAUCAAUACUUAAUGACAUUGAAGCUAUUUCCGAAGACAUUUUAGCAAUACAAUUGGAAAAAACAAAAUCUCGAGAUCAUUUAGAAACGAGGUCAACAGAAAAUGUUUCACGCAGCAGAUGUGCCGAUAUGCAGCAAGGCAAUAAAAAUUCCAAACCUUAUAGAUCGGAAAUGAAUUUAUUAUUAUCAUAUGAUGGUGAUAAUCCAACCAUAAGACCAGCUGUACCCAAUUCCAAUAGUACUACAACGGAAAAUGGCGCCGAGAAUGCAACAAGAAGAACUAGAUCUUUAGAGAGAGAUCAUACAGAUAGUCCAUCACCACGUAUACCUGAUCCGAUGCAACCAUUUCCAGAUAAUCGUAAAUAUAUAGGAUUUGAACAUUUAAAUAAUGCUGCAAUUGGAGGACCACCACCACCACCAACAACGUUGGCAAUCUCAACGGCAACAGUUAGCACAUCCCUAACACCGCGGCUGGCUGUAACGGGGACCCAAACAUCACCGACAAUAACCACCCCCAUGGGACACAGGUCACAUUUACCCUUAUCACCGUUGGUGACAAAUGUUAACAUACCAAUGCAAAAUGCGGGAGUAAAGCCAGCACCACCAGCCAGACAAUAUCCUACACCACUAAACAUAAAAUGUGCUGGCAUUCAGAGAAGUUCAUCGGUUUCCUAUAAAUCAAAUGCAAUGAAUUCCCCAACUAGUGGUUCACCCAUUCUAAGUGGUGUUCAUCCGAAUAAAAGUCAAUUAUUUUCAGCAAUAGCAAAUGCUGCUGCUGCCCGCAGAGCUCAAUUUCGAUCUCAACCGACACAUAUGACUAGAUCAUUGGAUACCGAUUGUCUAUUGGAGAGUCCUAACGAGGGAGCAGAUGCAAUUAGUAAUGUGGAAGAAAAGGAGAUAACUGAAACAACCAAACGAAAACCACGUCGUGUAUCGAUUGUAUGUGCUGACACACCGGCUGAUACACCUGCCACACCUGGUGAUAAGCCCACACCAACUGUCCGUACCAUACAGACGCAAAAUUCAUCGACGACAUCAACAUCAGGCAGCUGUUCCGAUUUGCCCACUGUUAUGCCAAAUCCUGCCUUAAGAAAUUUCAAACAAACCAGCCAUAGUACACCAAAUUCACCACAUUCCUCUCGUAAACAUGAGGGCUCACCGUUUAGUACGUCAACCCAACCGCCCACAAUUUCAAUAACACCAACGAGUCCCUUGCACCAGCAACAUGGCCGGUCGAGUUCUACGCAUGGUAAUGGAUCGCCACAUCAUCAUCAGCAUUCGCACAGCAAUAGUUAUCCAAAUGCGGUGGCAACAAUGCAAUGCCAUCCACAACAACUGCGAAAAAAUAGUCAAGAUACCAUAAAGGCAAGUGCCGCUGAAAUUGCAUGCGCCGCUGCCAAUGUGGUGCGUUCGAAAUGUUCGCGACGUCACUCCGAGGGUACGGUUUCACAUUCGAAUCAGCGCAGCAGUGGCACAAGCGGAGGCACUAAUGGCGGCCAUCAUCAUGGCCAUCAUAAUCAUCAUCACCACCAGCAUAGUUCAUCAAUUGUUAGCAAUACCAACCCGCAUCACAGUCGUCAUUCGCAUCAGGACAGCAAUCAUGAGACGGUGGCCUCAUGUUCGGAUCGUAAUUCAAACAGUUUAGCCUCCUCGCGUGAAUCAUCGGCCAGCUUCAGUAUGCGCUCCACCAGGCGGAAGCUGUCGGUUAGUUCCAAUACGGGUGGCAAAAUACCUUGGUGUGGUUGCUGGGGCAACGGAUGUUUGUGAA